CUUUGCUUGGCAGUAGGGCACCACCCUAUUUAUUUACCUAUGUAUUCCUUUUAAUUAAUUAAAGGAAUCUAAAAAAAAAUAUGAUAAUUUCGGGCGGUGCAGGGAAAUUGGGAGACACAAUGGAUCAGUGGGCAGAUGAGGGCCCACCUAAUCCAAUCAUAAAAUCAUUGUUGUUAUGGUGAUGGAUAGAGUGUUCCAUGAUUUCAGCUAUGCCAUGUCAGCCAGAUUCCAAUCAAUUUUGCCUGGGUUAGAAAGAAGGUGAGAAAAGAGUUUAUUUAAAAUCAAAACAGGAAAAGAAAUGAAGUUUGUUUCUGGAAGAGCAGGUUUCAGACACAGAGGUUUAAACUGCUCCUGAACAACUGAAGCCGAACCAUCUGGCCAGGCAGCUUCUCUAUCCAUAAGAUGCAGAUUCUUUACUCAAGGAUGCGCAUUACGAAUGGAAGCCAUGCAAGCAACAGCGGUGAUAUGAAGGUGGAGAUCAGGGAGCAACUCUUGGAUGCAGGCGCAUAUGCACUCUGUGUCUUUGUUAACUGAUAUUAAUUGAUAUUUAAUCAACAAAUUGCUGAACAUCGUUGAUGUGAAUUUAGGGCUGGAGUCAUUCUAAUCAGAAUGAUUUGAUCUGAUCCUCUCUCCUUAUCCCAUGAGCAGACACAAUUUUUAAAUGAUAAGUGUUAGCUGUAGCUGAUUAUUCUGUCUCACGCUUCUCUUCCUGGCAUUCGGUCAGGUCAUUGGUUAUUUGUAUGCUGGAGUACAGAGUAGGCUUCAUAACAAAUGGAUUUAGAAGGAGGCAUCUACCAGGUUCUUACCUUCCAGUUCACUAGACCAGAAAGUUCUGGCCAUAUUUUAUUGAACAAAUCACUAUUGGUUGGCCUUGUGCAACAAGCCGGCUGUGUUUACACAUAGCACAUUUAACCUGAUUACUUAAUUAAUCCAUUGGCUUUGCACAAUAUGUUGAAUUAUAAACUAACCAUCUGGAUUAAAUUUGGACAGCACAAGGAGAGUAAAAAAUGAACCAAGGUUAAUAUUAUUUAAGCUUAUUAUGUAGUGUAAAUGCAACCACUUGGUCUUUAGCUGACCACUUAAGCAUGUUAAGGCAUCAAUCAUGGUUUAACAAACCACCAUGGCCUUGUCUGCAGAACAAACAAUUCCAAACCCCAGCAACCUAUUGUUAUAGCUUAUUGUGAUGUGUGAACCUGGUUGUCAAAAUGCACACACAUUGCAAGAAUAAUACUGAAGCAGAACUCAAACGAUAAUUACAUGAACCAUUUCAUUUAAGACUACCAAUUGUAUUUCUCCUGUCCCGUGACCAGUUUCUAUAUACAAAUAUACGUACAUCAUACCCCUCACGCUAUUCCGUAUAAACAAUAUUCUGCAAAACACCGAAAAAGAAUAAGAAAUAGCAAGUCAAAGAAACUCUAGGCAUGACAUAGGAAAAAAAAAAGGAAAUACAGCGACAUCUAGUUUAAAUGGGGCAUCCUCAGGGGGAGGAUCAAAGAAGUCAAGAUGUCGGGUGCAACUGUGUGACUUAAUUCCUGCCCUCCUGCAGACACCUCUGGGUUUAAGCCAACACCCUUCACUAUACCUCCACUUUCAUAUCUUUCUGCCUUCCUUCCUUCCAUCAUAUCCAUCUACAGCUUCAUGCACAUUGCUUUUUGUUCAUCAACCUCUCUCCUUUUGAGGAUUUCCUCAACAACAUCCAACCUUGACUUCUUGGGCCUUUCUCUUCCUCUCACCUCAUCCACUCUUCCUUCAUUUGUUUUCCAGUUCAAUCCUCCUUCAUUCUCUCUAUAUGACCAAACCAUCUCAACAUAUUUAUUUAGCACUGGUCAUUCUCUUUUGUACUUAAUCCACAUGAAUUCAGCACCCAUUCAUUCUUGACCUUCUCUCUUCUUGUUUUGCCACACAUGCUUCUUAAAUACCCCACUCCCGUUGCAUUUACCCUAAUGUUAUGUUUCUCUUGACAUACCCAACUUUCACUUCCAUAUAACAGGGUGGGCAGACGCACACUCGUACACAGCUAUUUUCACUUCUUCCAACAAACAUUCCUCACAACAGGCCACAUACUACCCCCUAUUUUUCUACCAGCAUUUGCAUGCCUUAAAAAUUCCCAAUCCAUCUUCAGUGGACAUUCUAUCAAAAUUCUGAAAUGUUAAUGUUUGUCUCCCCCUCUAGUGGUUUGAUAAAGGGGAACAUACCACAGAUGUUGUUAAUUGUUUCCUGGCCUCAGUGCAAGACCCUGGUUCUAACUUUUGCCGCUGAAAGUAUUGUAGGUGUUGGCCAUCCAAGGAUGCACCUCUGUUGUUAUGCGCCUGUCUGAUCUUCCAUCUCUGCAGGAAGAAUCUUUUGCAGAUACCUUCAAUUAACAGAGCCCUGUUUGCUGGGCUCUACUGAAAGUUUACUCACUCUGCUACCCCCUGCUAUAAAAUACACUCACCUGGCUGUGUCUGCACAACACACUUAACUGGGUCUGUAACAAACCUACUGGUUGCAUUCACACAAUAUUGUAAGCUUGGCUAAUUUUCACUUGGAUUUUUAGACAGGUUUUUUUUUUUUUCCUGACUUAGCAUGCAGCUUGCAUCCUGGCCAUCGAGUUAGUUCCAUGUAUUUUAUUUAUUUGUUAACUCAUGAACAAAUGAGUUAAUCUCUAUCAGGUUAAGCACUGUAGAAACAGACUCACAUUAGAGCUCCCUUUUAGUUGUUUGCAAGUGUGCUUUUAAAACUUUAUUUUAACGGCUUUAAUGUUUUUUAAGAUUGCAUGUUAUGAUAGAUAUUACAGGUUUUAAUGCUUUGUGAUGUGGCAAUGGCAUUACUGGGUGUGUUCAUAGUCAUCUCAAUGGAUGAGUCUAGGGGUUCCAUCCACACACAACGUGGGAAACUCAGUUGAGUUCAUCUUGGCUAGGUUCUUCUGCCUGUGGCUUAGAGUGUUGUGUGAAUUCAACCUGUUUCGCUAGUUUAUGGUUCGGUGUAUUUCACAAACCCAGAAAAUGGGUUAAUUCAAUAAUGCUGCUGAAUGCAAUGCUAGGUUUAUUUCCAAAUCUGGUAAAUCUCUGAGGCCCUCUCAUGCACAGUAUUGGGCAGGGUUCGGCAUGCCUGCCCUAGAGGGUACAUCCAGGGAAGGUACGUAAUGCGAAUCAUAGUUUCUGGCUGCAAGGUUUGUUCCUAGCUAACAGCAACAGGCACCGUACGUGAACCAUGCCACCAAUGCCUGCCCUAAACCCCAAGGGCAGACCCACUGGAUGGAUUGGUAACUGGGGGAUCAUUUUGGGAUGGGAAAUGGGAAUCAUUUUGUCCCAUUUUGUAUAUAAUGCUUUUAGCCACGUUUUUGGAAAUAGAGAUAGUUAGUUUUUCUGCCUGUCCACCCAAUGUUUCAGAGAUCAAAUAAAAGAGAGACUGCUUAUAACAUUGUCUUUUAAAAAAAAUUUUUAAUUUGGUUUUCAUUUGUUUCUUUUUCCGCUAAAAAAGUGGUGCCCAACUUAACUUGGUGCCCUGGGCAACUGCUUCUUUCAGCUUGAUGGAUAGGCCACUCCUGCUUGUUCCUAGAUACUAGCUCUGAGCAGAAGAAAGUCCAGCUUUCCAACUCAGGCAAAGGAACAGGUUUUUUCAUUCUGGGCCCUCUUCCUCCUCCUCCUCCUCCUCCUCCUCCUCCUUUUCUACUACUUCUCUGAGCUCCAUUGCACCUGGUUUGUGCUUUGUGGUAAGGCGUGGGGGCCCUGUGGUUUCCGGUUGCUGUUGUGCACUCCUUGUCUCAACGCUGGGGCCGUUGCACAAUCUCACAUCGUACUUUCAGAGGCUGAUGUACCCACCCACCUCUCUCCUGAGAUUCCCUGGAAGGGGCAAAGAAUGGAGCUCCCUCAAACUGAAUCGGAGCCGUGAGCCCUAACCCCCAAGGAGAAGAUUGUGCCACUCAAUCUUUGGAAUUUGUUUGCCCUCAAGAAAUUUCCCCAAGCCACCCAUCCCAUAAGUGAUCUCUGCAAAGCGGUUACAGAGAUGGAGUCUUGGCCUCAGAGUUGGAGGGAGACCCCUGUCCAAAUGGUGCCUGGUGGAGCAGCAGUUGAAGGACCAGAUUUUAUGGAAGAGUACAGGAAGAUUUUCCAAGAUGAUUUCAGUGACAUGGAUUCCUGGUUUCUGCCAGAAAAUGAGAUGGAACAGCAGCUACCGAGCUGGGCUGGUGGAAGUUACCUUGCUGAACUGGAAGGGUUUGAGAAGGCAAUGCCAUUCCAUGAGUCCCUUGGCUUGAAAGGAUUUCCUGAGUACACCAAGACCAUCGUGGAACUGAAACAGGUUUCUUUUGAUCCAGACUACAGGGAACCCUAUCACGGUGCUUCAAGAAUGGUCCUCCAACAAGACAGCGUCCCCCACAGCCUAGAGGAAUCCGGCUGCCUCCCACCAGCAAAUCAGCCUUGGCUCGCCCUGUAUCCCGACUCUCCUGGAGAGCAGGCAUCUUCAGCUCAGCUUCCUCCUGGAGAUCAGCAGGAACAGCCGAAGGAAGGACAUUGGACUGAGUCCCUUGGCCCUGACCCGGGCAGCCAAUCCAGUGCCUUGGACAGUGAUUCUUGUCAAUGCGAUUCACCAAUCAGGAGCCAGAGAAAAGGGGAAUGUAAAGACCAGGCUGAUAGCAGGAACACCAAUACUUUACCUAGAGAUCGGGCAGGGGCCGGACCCAUUCAGUUAUGGCGCUUUCUGCUGGAGCUCCUCCAAGAUGGCUCCUGCCAAGCCUUCAUCCGAUGGACAGGGAACGACUGGGAGUUCAAGCUCUGUGACCCACAUGAGGUGGCAAGGCGCUGGGGCAAGCGCAAGAACAAGCCGCGCAUGACGUACGAGAAACUGAGUCGGGGGCUGCGCUAUUAUUAUCACAAGAACAUCAUUCACAAGACUAGCGGCCAGCGCUACGUCUACCGCUUUGUCUGUGACAUCCAGGGUCUCUUGGCCGAGCUGGAUAAGAAACUGCAGAUUUAGCAUGCAACUGUUGUAAAAAGGACCUUUUUUUCGUUCCUCACCCACCGAACCUCAGAAGAGCUCAGAAGAGCAAGCAGGACCGGCUCCCUUGGAGAAGACCUGUGCCUCCUUUAAGCUAUGUCUAAAACAAAAGAUGUGAGAAGGGCUGGCUGCGGACUGCAUGGGGGGCCCAGGCCCUCUCCAGAUUGGGCAGAGCAAAAAAUAGUGGUUUUUUUGGGUGGGGGAGAUUGUUUUUGUGGGGUAGAUAGGUAAAAAUAACCCUGAAAAAAUAGAACUGGGGUCCUGACUCCUAGCUUCAGAGAAGGCAGGCAGGGAGGUGGCCAAUCACACUGGCCAAAACAAUAGGAUGUUAGCAAUGGUUUGGCAGAUGAAAGCAUGGUUGUUUCUUCUCUCGAUCCAAGGGCAGAGAACUGCAAGAGCUGGCAGGAUUUGAUCAGCAUCAAAUAUCUCGAUUUUCAUAGACAUUUUGGAAAGGGAGGAUGACCAUUCUUAAGGUUAUCUGCUCUUCCCCCCACAUUCCCUCCCUCUCCUUUAGCCAUUAUUAAACCACUUUAAACAGAGCUCUGCCUCUCAUAAUAGAAAAAGCGGUUCUCCACGGUGGCCUCAACUCUUUCAAACUCCCUUCUGGGGGUGGCCCCUUCUGUCUGGCCCCUUCCCAAUUGCUUUUAAGUAGGCCUUAAAUAUCUGUUUCAGUCUGUGCCUUCAGCGAAGAUGAUGAGUUGGCUCUUUAAACAGUCACUGCUGUUUUUUAAAGGGCAAAAUUAUAUCGGUCUCGAUCGGGAACCUUUGUAUGGGGUAGCUGGGAAAUGCAGCCUUUGUUUUUAUUAUACUGAUUGUAAACUAUGUUAAUUCUGAAAGCUGGCAUAUGAAACCUGAAAUAAACUAAAAACCAUCAUAUUCUUACAUA